AUGGGAAAGAAGAAAGUCCUCGUCGGUUACGGUGUAGAUAUUGACGCUGUUGCUGGCUGGCUUGGUUCGUACGGAGGUGAAGACAGCACAAGCGACAUUAGCAGAGGGAUAUGGGCUGGUACGGUUGGAACUCGGCGUCUACUGAGACUGUUUGAAAGGUACAAUAUUAAAGCGUCAUGGUUUAUACCUGGCCAUUCACUCGAGACUUUCCCCGAGGAAUGCGCCAUGGUGAGAGAUGCCGGUCAUGAGAUUGGCCUACACGGAUACUCGCACGAAAACCCCGCCGACAUGACGCUUGAGCAACAGCGAGACGUGCUAGAUAAGACCUACAGGCUUCUUACCGAGUUCUGCGGCAAGCCCCCGAAGGGUAGCGUGGCGCCUUGGUGGGAAACGAGCAAGGAGGGCACUGAAUUGAUGCUCUCCUACGGGAUUGAAUACGACCAUUCGAUGUCGCAUGAGGAUUGCCAAAUGUAUUGGCUACGCACCGGCGAUACUUGGACAAAGAAGGCCGAGGAAUGGAUGAAACCUCUCGUCAAGGGGCAACCGACAGGCUUGGUAGAAAUACCAGGUAGUUGGUACAUCGAUGACCUUCCACCUAUGAUGCGAAUAGAGCUUUUUAGGUUCAUGAAGAACUCGGCAAAUUCCCAUGGAUGGGUUAAUCCGAGGGAUGUUGAGGAUAUCUGGCGCGACCAUUUUGAUUAUUUCUAUCGCGAAUAUGACGAGUUCAUCUUCCCGAUGACGAUACAUCCCGACGUGUCAGGGCGACCACACGUACUUUUGAUGCAUGAGAGAUUGAUCGAACACAUUAACAAGCAUGAAGGCGUGGAAUGGGUGACGUUUGCCGAGGUGAGCUUAGAUUCGAUAACCUAUCUACUCACAUCACAUAUCUACCAGCACUUCUAA